AUGAGGGCGGACGAGUAUUUGUGGAUCGGCGUCGUCGCCGUGCUUCUCUUUUGCUGUGGAUCUGCUUCGCAAUUUUCUUACUCUGUUUCCGAGGAGACCGACAAAGGCACGGUUGUGGGCAAUAUCGCCAAGGAUUUGGACCUCGAUUUGCAAGAGCUGCACAACAGAGACCUGCGUGUUGUUUCAAGUUACAGUAAGAAAUAUAUUGACACAGAUCCUCGGACGGGGAACCUCUUUGUUCACGACAAAAUGGACAGGGAGGAGCUUUGUCCCAACGCCGCACAAUGCCUUGUGAGAAUGCAGGCGGUGCUGAGCAACCCGACGACCGUGCACCGCAUUGACAUCAAUGUUGUAGACGUGAACGACAACUCGCCAAAAUUUGAGGAGGAAGUACACACCUUAAAGAUUUCUGAAAACGUAGCACCGGGAGAGAGAUAUUUCCUCCCAGAAGCAGAUGAUUUGGAUACGGGAAGUAAUUUAGUCAACACGUAUAAAUUGAGUCCAAAUGAACAUUUUACGUUGGACGUGCAAAGUGCAGGAAAACGCGGCGUGUCUGCAGAGCUCGUGCUGCACAAAUCUUUAGAUCGGGAGAAACAGCCUGUUCAUGAGCUCACGCUCACCGCUGUAGAUGGGGGAAAGCCGACGAGAUCGGGCACGUUAAAAAUUAGAGUCGUCGUCAUGGAUGUGAAUGAUAACACGCCCGUUUUUAGCAAGUCGCUUUAUAAAGUGCGUGUGAGUGAAAACGCCCCACGGGGAUCAUUUGUCAUUAAAUUAAAUGCAACGGAUAUAGACGAAGGCAUAAACAGCAGGAUCACGUAUUCCUUCAUUAAACGAGGCAACAACGAGCCGUCCAAAGUUUUCAAUCUCAAUUCGGAAACGGGAGAAAUCACCGUGAAAGGGGCUUUAGAUUAUGAAGAGACUCCCGCUUACGAAGUCAGGAUCCAGGCAGCGGAUCAAGGCCCCGUUCCUCGUAGCGCGCAUGCAAAACUGCUCGUCGAGGUAGUCGACGUGAACGACAAUGCCCCCCAGAUAACGGUGACGUCACUGAUGACCCCAGUCAAGGAAAACGCAGAAUUGGGGACAAUUGUUGCCUUGGUUACCGUGAGCGAUAAGGAUGCGGGCGACAACGGGGCAGCCAACUGCCAGGUGCUCGGGUCACCGCCUUUUAAGUUAAAUUCCAACUACAAAAAUGAUUAUUCAUUAAUAGUUGAUGGAGCACUGGACAGAGAAAACAUCUCUUUUUAUAAUGUUUCCAUCAUUGCCACAGAUGAAGGAAGUCCACCUCUGUCCACGAGAAGAAUAAUUACAGUUCAGCUUUCCGAUGUUAAUGAUAAUGCACCUCGAUUUAUGCAACCCGUCAUUAAUGUUUAUGUCGAAGAAAAUAGUCCAGCGGGAUAUUCUCUUUGUUCCGUGAAAGCACAUGAUCCCGACUUGGGCCAAAAUGCAAAAGUGUCAUACACGUUGCUCGAUAUUUAUCCGAGGAAUGUGCCAAUUUCAUCACUUCUGAACAUCAACCCGGAGAGCGGCGACAUCGUCAGCUUGCAGUCGUUCGACUACGAGACGCUGCAGACGCUGGAGUUCCAAGUUCAGGCCACGGACGGCGGCGUCCCUCCGCUCAGCGGCAACGUGAGCGUCAACCUUUUCAUCCUGGACCAGAACGACAACAGUCCCCGCAUUCUGCCGCCCUAUUCCGAGCACGGCUCGGCCAACGGCGAGAGCGUCCCCUACUCCGCCGAAGCGGGAUACUUUGUGGCGAAGAUCAGGGCCGUGGACGCCGACUCGGGUUACAACGCGCUGCUCUCCUACCAGCUGUCGGAGCCCAAAGGCGGCAACGGGCCGCUCUUCCGCAUCGGAAGCGGCAGCGGGGAGAUUCGGACCAGGAGGAGAAUGAGCGAGGAUGACCUGAAAAGUCACCCCUUGGUGGUGUCGGUGUGCGAUCACGGAGAAGCCUCCCUGUCGGCGACGGUGUCCAUUGAUGUGCUGGUGCUUGAAAGCACAGCUGACAUCCGCACUCAGUUCAGACAUGUGCCCAGAAAGGAGGAGAGCUUCUCCCGUUUGCACUUGUAUCUGCUCAUCGCCAUCGCGGCCGUGUCGCUGGUCUUUCUGCUCAGCCUGCUGGCUUUCGUAGCCUUCAAAUGCCGCAGACGGACGGACGGCGGCGCCCCCGUGAUUGCCGCCCACCCCGACGGGAGCUGGUCUUACUCCAAAGCGACGCAGCAGUACGACGUGUGUUUGGGCUCCGACACGCUCAAGAGCGACCUGGUGCUUUUCCCCGCGGCCUUUCCCCCCGCCGAGGCCGAACUGAUCAGCAUUCACGGAGGCGACACCUUUACCAGGACUCAGACUUUGCCAAACAGCGAGAAGGUAGGCUAGCAAUUGAUAUAUUUUGUCCCCAAUACCUGACCGCCUCUCGUCUGGUGUUUCAGAGCAACUCAUAAACUAUCACAGAUUGAAAACAAGUCACAACA